ACAAGACGAAAGAGCCUUCGUUUCAUUAUAAAUUGCCAAUCAAGUGGGUUCAAGUACUCGCAUUAAUUCUCUAGAGCUAGCUAGCAAUGGUGGGCGUUGGAUCCUCAUGCGGAGCAUGCAAAUUCUUGAGAAGGAAAUGUGAAGAAAAUUGCAUAUUUGCACCUUACUUCAAUUAUGACCAAGCUGAAGCUAAUUUCUCUGCAGUGCACAAGAUUUUUGGUGCCAGCAAUGUCUCCAAGCUUCUCUCCAAGUUGCCUAUUUACAAUCGCAGUGCAGCUGCCAUUACCAUUUCUUUUGAAGCUCAGGCUCGGAUUCAAGAUCCAGUUAGAGGUUGCCUAUCUCACAUUCUAGCGUUACAGUAUCAGGUUGCUUGUCUUCAAGAGGAGAUUGAGUCACUCAUGGUGAAGAUGGUUCCUAGAUCAUGUUCUUUGGGCACUGUUGAUGAAUUUAAACCUAGAAUGCAAGAGGUGGAGCCAGGAUACAAGGAGGUGAUCAAUCGUUUGGAGGAUUGCUUGCUCAAUGCCAACGACGAGCCAAAUUCAUGGGAGGAAUUGGCCUUAUACUUGAAUGAUUUGGAGAAAGAUCUUAUGCAUUGAGAGAGAGAAGGAGAUCUAUUAUGUGCGCGUGUAAUAUAUAUUCCAAAAUCUUACUUAGUAAUGGCACUUAUGAGCUAUGCACUCUUUUUAAAAGGUCAUAAAAUUAUAAACCUCAACAUUCACGAAGUAUUCGCGAAUUCAUUGUUUUCUCCUACGAGUUCCUUGAGAUCGGUGAAG